CUCUCCACAUCAAGAAAACGAACGACACUGCAUCUACAAGCGUCCUGUUGUGUCUCCUGUGACCAUUGAUAAACGCAUACUCGAGCAUAUAUCUCAGAAUAUCUUUCUUUGUAGACGGAGACUGGAUACAGCUGCACCCUCGAUCAUUCCCAAGCCGAAAUAGGCCAGCACACGACAUCAUCUUCAACAUCCCGACAGACAAUAUAAUACAAAUCUCGACGACAUGGUGUAUCUCAAGACAAGCCAGGAAUGGCUCGACCAGUCUAUGGCUCUCUUAGAAGCCCGUCCCGCCACCACCCUCAUCACCACAACAUACAAGCUCAAGCCUGGCCCUACACGACCCGAUGCAGACGGCGACACACCCGUCACCAAGCCCCCACGCGGUGCUCUCGUCCUCAAGGCCUACGAUCCCAUCAGCGGCGCGACCAUCAAGUACCGCACCACAAAGGCGCAGGAGGUUACUCGUCUGAUACAUGCUUCGUUGGGUCGGCUGGGAAGGAGUAUGGCCGCGGUGCCGGAUGUGCCUGAGGUGACGAUGGCAGAUGGCGAUGGUGCAACUCCUGCGGAGGAAUCACAGGCUGCUACACCGACACCGCAGGCGACACAAGGGGGUGGAGGUGGAAAGAAGAAGAAGAAGGGCAAGAAAUAGGAUAUCAGCAUGAUGAGUUGCUUGAGUGCUUAUGGCAGAUCCAAUGGAUAUUCGUGGAUAUGAGGAUUGAUGAUCAUGGAAUGAAGCUUGUAGCAGAUAUGACAUUUAAAAAGAGCAGCAUUGUUAAAUGCAGAAUCCUCAUUCGGGAGAUGCCACUUUGGAGAUUUCUUAUAUUCCCAAGUCUCUCACUACACGAAACCAAUAGCAGGCGAGUCUGCGAAGUCUAUUGUCGAUAGCUUCAACCAUGAGUAGAGGCCUAAAGGGCAAGCAAAUAUAAAAGCACGCAAAGUCACUGGCAACGAUCAAAGGGUA